AUGUCGGACUCAUUCAAAGAGGUGACGCAAAUCCAUGGUAUAGAGGUUGUUCAGGCAGGACUAGAACCCGUUCCAAAUCAGAACAACCCACACCAUGUCAUCGUGCCUGUGUUAGCCAACGAGUCUGUACCACGCAAAACCAGGAUAUGCGGCCUACGCAAGAUGACCUUCUGGCUUGUUGUAGCGGUAGCAGCACUUGUUGCGGUCGUGAUCGCCUUAGCGGUUGGACUGGGUGUUGGUCUUACUAGGUCACAUUCUACCUCAACGGCUCCUGUGGCGACACCCAGCUCAGAGAUUACAUCCACCCCGUCAGCAUCGUCGUUAUCGCCAUCAUCCUCAUCGUCAACAUCCUCGCCAUCCAGCACAUCAAGCUCGGGUCCUUCAGCAACAUCCACUGCUCUCUUCGACAAGGGUACAAACUAUAUUUGUCCCGAUGCCAACAACACCGAAGUAAGGAAUGUUUCAGGCGGAUCAGGAAGCUCUAGUUAUUAUAUCUUCUGCGACGCCGAUAUCAGUUCAAGCUCGAAGAAAGAUUUAUCUUCAAGUGUACAGAGCUCAUUUGCAGCCUGCCUGGCUCUUUGCAAUUCCAUGAACAAUUUCCAGGAUCGAGCCGAUGUUGGCUGCACUUAUAACUUCGAGGGUACGGGGAGUCAGGACAAAGGGACCUGUUGGUGCUUGAGUGGCGGGAACAAGUCUAUUAUCACAAACGUGGGGAAUAUGGCAGCUGUGCUGUCCACCGAAAAUGUGAAGCUAGAUUUAUGA